CAAUAAAAUACCAGAGGAAAUACAAAGUUUUCCAAUUAGUAUUAUAUUACUAAAUUCCUUCAUUAUUUGAACCCCCUGUUCAUCAAAAUGUUUCUAGCUCGAAUGAAACAAGUAUACUUUAGAAGUUAAAUUCUAAAAAAUGCAGUUUUAGACACAUUUUUGCAAGUAAACAGCACCUGAAACUCAAAAAUAUCAUUCUGAAGCAUAAAAACAAGAAGAAACCAUGGGGCAAUGACGCUAGAUAAUGUCCUCUGAUGAGGAGCCAAAAGGUGGCGCCACACUCACACCACGGAGCAUUAGAUCCAGGAGAAAAGAUGCUGUGAGUAGUAGAGCAACAGAGCCGUCAUAUGACAGUGACGGCUCCAGCAUAGAGAGUGUGUAUGAUGAACGCUACCAGGGAAAAGAGGUGGUGUAUGUUAAAGAUGAGGCUACAACGCUGGCUGAUGUCGGAGGUCGUCUUCCGAGCCAAUCAGAUGAAGGCACAACACCUAGUAGGCUCUUGCUGGUCUCCAGUAAGAUAAAAAACAUUGGAACUAUACAGAAUGCUAUUGUCUCAGGGGUUUGUUUCAUGAGUUACAAAUAUGAAAGUUCUAAUCUGGAGUCUAUAAUGGCAACAUUGAGACAAGCUUUGAAUGGUCAGAAAGUUGUGUCAGUGGCCCUUAUUUUACAUGGUAGUGGCACUUCUAUCAACAUAUGUGGCAAAGAUGAGAAAAUCCUGACCAAGGACAAUACAAAUGACACCAAUAUUCGAGAGUUCUUCAAAUGGCUUGUUGAAGUCUGUAUAGAUAAAUCAAAUGAGAAUGCCCGCAUUGAUUUCCUUGCUUGUCAGGCUGGCCAGGGUACAGAGGGCACUGUCAUGGCUAGGGAGCUGGAAACCUAUUUAGGGGUUCCAGUUGGUAUCUGUAAGGACAUUUGUGGCACUGAAUUGCAUAUAGGAGAGGAAAUGGAAGGUAGACCAAACUUUGCUGGGGACUUGUACUUCAGACUGGAAAAGUUGAAGAACUGGACUGGGAAUAAUCAACAGACUCUAGCUGGCUUUGAGAAGAUAAGGACUGUGGGGAAAGGGGCAUAUGGUGCUGCUGUUUUGUACAAGAAGAAAGAUGAUGAUUCAUUGGUCAUCCUCAAGGAGGUUAACAUGCAUGACUUGAAUGCUAGUGAGAGACAGAUGGCCCUCAAUGAAUGGAAGGUCCUAGCUAUGUUAGACCACCCUAAUAUCAUCAGUUACUAUGACAGCUUUGAGGAAGAUGGAACAUUAAUGAUUGAGAUGGAAUAUGCAGAUGGAGGGACACUGGCCCAGUAUUUGGUGAGAGAUAAACCAAUGGAAGAGAAGGAGAUUCUUUCAAUUUUCCAGCAGAUUGUAGCUGCACUGAGACAUAUACACGAGCACAAUAUUUUACACAGAGAUUUAAAAACUGCCAAUAUAUUUAUGACCAAAGAGGGAGUAGUCAAAGUUGGAGACUUUGGAAUAUCAAAGAUGAUGUCAACUGCCACCAAAGCUGCCAACACUGUACUUGGAACACCUUAUUACAUCAGCCCAGAAAUGUGUGAAGGCAAGGCGUACAAUGAGAAGUCAGACAUUUGGGCAUCAGGCUGUAUUCUCUAUGAGAUGGCAUGCCUCACUAAGACCUUCGAGGGCUCCAAUCUACCUGCCCUUGUUAAUAAAAUUAUGAAGGGUCAGUUUGCCCCUGUGAAGGGAAACUACAGCCCUGAAUUCAAGAUGCUAAUAAGGGACAUGUUGCAAAGAGAGCCAGAAUAUAGACCUACUGCAAGUGAACUCAUGUACCAGAGAUUACCCGAGUUAAUGAAUAGCUAUGAAGAUCCGACUACAGACUUUGAUGAGGAUCUCAUGAUUUCUAUAGAUGGUGCUCAUAAGAAACGUCGUACAAGGUCAGUGUUAUAUUACCUGCAGACCUUUAACAUGCAGCUACACCCAAUAGACUUGAUGCAUUCAAAGAUCAAAAUCAGAGAGGUGGCAGUAGGUGGAGAUCAUGUGAUAGUGGUUACUAUGGAGAGGAUGGUGUUUACAUGGGGUGAAGGUAGUAAAGGCCAACUGGGACAUGGUAGUCUUGAAUCAUCAGACAUGCCACAAAUGGUAGAGGCUCUCAAAGGAAAGUCAAUCACCAAGGCAUGCUGUGGUGAUGGCUUCAGUGUGUUUGCCAGUGACAAUGGUAUUGUAAUGACAUGUGGAGAUGGGACACUCGGCUGUCUUGGUCAUGGUGACUGGUGCUCUACUUCAAGGCCUAGACUUAUUGAAGCCCUGCUUAGUGUUGAUGUUGUGGCAGUUUCUUGUGGGCCACAGCAUGUGGUGGUUGUAGGCAGCAAUGGGGAGAUAUACUCCUGGGGGAAAGGUGCACAUGGAAGACUCGGUCUUGGCAAUGAGGAAGACUAUUGUACUCCAAUGGAAGUCACACUCUCUGAGCCAGUGUUUGUACGUGAGGUUCGUUGUGGUAUAGAUGGCACUAUGUUCCUGACAGAUGUUGGGAGUGUGCUUGCUUGCGGGAACAAUGAAUAUAACAAAUUAGGUCUCAACCAGAGGCAAGGUUUUCUAAUGGCUAUGAAGAAUAUAUUCAAUAAGACUGAAGUUGAGGGCCAAAAAGUGCCAACUGUUAUCAAAGCCCUGACGAAGCAUCGAGUAGUUGAUGUCUCAAUGGGUCCUAAACACUGUGCUGUUUUGGUAGAACCAGGCCAUGUAUAUACAUUCGGCCGCAAUAAUGAAGGACAAUUGGGUACAGAGAACACUAAGCCUCAGAAUGCCCCAAUUGAGGUCAAACAAGGCCUUGAGAGUAAAACUGUACAAAGAGUGCAAUGUGGAGAGUUAUACACUGUAGUUAGUACGACAGACAAUGAGUUGUAUUUCUGGGGUACUAGAUAUAAAACUCCUUUACCAAGUGGCAGUAAUGGUACACUUGAAUCUCAGAAGAGCAUUGAAAGUGGUGUGUCAGAGGGAAAUGAAAAGAAGGGCCAUUCAAGACAAGCUAGCAUAACCAGUGUGAAUAGUUUGAACAGUACAAAGGAGUCCUUACCCUCCCCUUCUCCAACUCCAGUCCCUGCAAACAGAGAUGGAUCAGCCUCUAACAGACAUGAAAGGACAGACAAGGGUGAUAAAGGUGCAAGCAGUGACAGCACAUUGUUCUCUAGUGCUGAUAAGAUAGAAAAGUUGAACCUCUCCAACUCAAACAGCACAGACAUAAGUAGCAAAUAUGGAUUCAGACCUAUCAGUAGCACGCCACGUCGUAGCCAGAGCGCUGGGAGCUCCAGGGAUGGCAAAGACCUCAACAAGGAGAUGAAGGAGAAGAGAGACAAGGAGAAGGAUGAAAAGGAAAAACCUCCAGAUAAUGCUGACCUUGUCCUACAGCCUAUACACCUACUCAGGCUAGAUGCUACUGGGGCCCACAGUCCUGCAGGGGAGAUAGUAAUCCUCUCCAACUUUGUGUGCCAUGGAGAGAAUCUGUUCCUGCAAGUAGAGACCACGGCUCCACCACCCAAGAAAAGAAGCAGGAAGAAGCGAAGUUUUAGAAAGCGUGUGAGUGCUGAUACACUAGAAGUACCUCAUGGUAAAAAGCUUGUCCAUUCAGCAGGCAGCAGAGAUGGAGGGGAUGAAUACUCUUCUGAGGCCUCAGAGAUUGACACCCAAGGAACUAUACCUGCAUGGAUAAAAGAAGAACUUGCUGUGUCUGAGAUGGAUGAAAGAGAGAAUGCUGAUACAAGUGAACAAUCAGAUGAUGAACUUACAACCAAUGAUACAUCAAUGUCCAGUAUACAGAUAAACAAUGAUCUCAGGCCUAAACACAAUCACAAGUCAAACAAUGCAGUGCACAAGUCUGCCAGUGUUCCAAUAAUGGCACCAGGGAGUCAAAAGAACACUUUAUCAGGUGGUCACAUGAAAGGGCCAAAAGCAAAGGCCCAUAGUGAUAUAGGACCCAUAGAGUUCACACCUGUUGACCCUCUCUCCAGUUCUAGCUCCAGUGAGACUAUGGCAAACUCAGCCAGUCCUGUGGAGGACAAGAAGGAGUUGGGCCCCAAUAAGAAGGUAACCUCUCCCCCCAGGAAGGUUCCUGGCCCCUCCCCCUACAAGACAAAGGUGGGUCCCAUGCCUGUGCAACCACAGAAACCACUAAACAGACUCAGGGCACAGAACAAAGGCAGGACAAGAAUUCAAGAGCAAGGAGCCAUAGCUAAAGAACCCCCACCACAGCGAGGUCUUGUUUCUGAUGUAACACAGAAAAAGCGGGAAGAGACCCUACUAUUAGAGUUUGAAAAGAUGAAAGAGGAGAAGAGAAGGACAGAGGAGAGAUUACGAGAGCUUGAAGAAAAACACAGAAGAGAUGAAAGACAGAUAAAAGAAAUUGCUGAGAAACAGGCAAAGGAGAGAGAGAAAGAAUUAACAAAUGAGAUUAGAAACCUCCGUCAAGAAUUGAUUCAGCAGAGUGGGAAGAUGCAGGAGAAUUAUAAUGUGGUCCUCAAUUUACAGGAACAACUGGUGAAAGUGCAGUCAGACCAGAUGCGGAUGAGUGCUAGGGAGCAACGAGCAAAUACUAAAGGUGCAAACUCUCGAGCCAACUCAAGAAACUCUUUGAAUAAUAAUAAAGAGAGUAAAGUGUGUAGUAUACAAUGACCCCACCUGGAGUGAACACAGUGAUAAAACAGCUUAGAGGAAGUGUGUAUUUUGCAAUGACCCUGUGCAUAGGGAACAUAUGUGUUGUUGAACUGUAAGCAGUCACAUAAGGGAUGAUCUGGAACAAUGGACAAGUCCAUGAUCCUGUGUGUUAACUUAUUGGUGUUAAGGUGGUUGAUUCAUGAAGAAUGAAGGCAAAGAAAAACACUGGAAUGGAUUCAGUAACAUGCAAUAAAACUAAGAAUCCCUGAUGGAUUAACUUUCACAGACAACAUAUCAUAGGAUGUAUGAUUCUAUCUCAACAAUGAUAUUAAUGUUUAAUAGAGUGUCAGAAUGGCUUCAAACAUAUAUAUGCACAAUCAAAAUGACCUAGAUUAGCCAAUGAUUUGAUGGAUGUAGUUGAUGAUAUGUGUUAAUCCCAUUCAUAUAAACAGACCUUAGCCCCAUGUGGUUCAUGUUGAUGUAAAACAAUUUAGUAUUUAUUAUGAAGGGAAUUUCUUGCAUUUUCAACGUGUCAGAGUAUGGCUAUAUUGUGUAUUUUGAUGGUCAUGUUUGAAUCUCAUACACAUUCAUGAUAAAAUAAAGAAUCCCAGGGGAGCCUCUAAAUGCGUACCAAUCAUAGAACUACUGAGAAGUAUCCCCAUAUGAGACUCUAAAAGUGUACAUGUAUCUCUUUACCCUUCUGGAAUCCCCUUAAGAUUCUCAAAAGAUUUCUUGUAGCGUCAGUUUUGUAAUAUCAAUUGACUGAAGUGUUUAAUAUUAUAUCACUGUACAAGAAGUUUAUUUUACAUAAAAGACAAUGGAGAAAAAACACAUUGUUUUUGAGAAAUAACAAUAAUGCCACCACACUGCUGUGUUGCAAGUAGUAGAUUUACCAUUCAUUCAAAUUGCCAAUGAUUUAAAUUGUCCAGUUGCAAUGUGGGACACAAAGAGUGCUUUAAGCUUGAAUAUUGCUCCAACUCAUCUGUAUCAAUUGACAAUUGUCACUACAAAUGUUGUCAGUUCUUGCAGACUAUUUGCUGGAAGGAUAUUUUUUUCACCAUGUGUAUAUCUCUAACAUUAUACUCAACUCAUGAAUAUUAAAGAAAAAUAUCUAAUCAUUUUGUAAAUGUCCACUUUAUAUAUGAUGUAUGUCUAUUUCUAUAUUAUUACAUAUUUGUGAUACAAGUUGAAAGUGCAAUAUUGAAUGUCCAUAAUCUUACUAUUUUAGUGCAUGAAAGCAUAUCUUUAUAAUUAUUAGCAAACCUCCUUGAAGACUUCCACAUAUAAAAUUGUAACUAUAGUAACAAUGAACCUUUAAAGGGGUCUUGGAAGGGGUUUAGAGUCUUGUUACAAUAUGAGCUAUUUCCUUUAUACGGUCAAGACGGUAUUUGAUAUAUGUACCAUGUAUAUUAUAGAUUGUAUAUAUCUUUAGAUGAGAACUCUAUUAGAUAGAACCCCAAAUCCUAUACAGACUCUUCAUUUAGCAAGAUAUGUUAAAAUAUUGUAUUUUUGGUAUCCCACUGAUUUUAAACAUGUUAUGAUACGAAACCCUGACCAUAUCAAAAAAAACAAACAUUAUGUUGCCACGGAUGUAUAAAGCAUAGUGUAUUUGUAACAACAAAAAUGUAACUGCUAAAUAAUGAAUAUGACUUUUGAAGGUUUAUUUUUAAAAUCCGUCCCCUCUACAAAUAUAUAUUUUAUAACGUGACAAUCAGAUUGAUGUAUUGUUUUACAAUUGUGUAUUGUCUUAAUAAGUAGAAUGCAGUCAUUGUGACUUCUUGUAUUGUGUAAUACUAUCACCAUGACAACAAGCAAACAUAUUAUCUACAGGUAUUGAAAAUGUUUACAAAUAUAACUUGUAUAACCAUUGCAUGCAUAGGAUAUCAAUUAGCAUGCCAUUUUGUAAUGUGAAUCAGAUUUUUUUAUAGAAAUAAUAGAUCUAAU